AUGGAAUUGAAAGAUAAUUGUGCAAUAUGCAGAAUAUCCAUGAGUAGAAACAAAGUAGAUAAAUUAUUGCCAUGCAGCCAUCUUUUACAUGACAAAUGUGCGGAGCCUUUGAGGGAUCAGACUUGUCCUAUUUGCAGAACUGUAUUUGUGGAAAAAAUAGAAGUUACCAGGACCAUAUAUAAAAAAAACACAAGUCAAGACAGGCAGCGUAUAACAGCAUGCGCAAAUAAAGGGGACGAUUGGGUGUCUUUAUCAGAAACUUUGGGUGUGAAAUACAAAACUGCCUAUCAGUGGGUAAGAUCAGGAAGGGACAGUAUGUUUGGAAAGGGUGGGAAAAAACCAAAAAUUUUGAACAGUGAACAAAUAGAUAUAAUGAUCUCAUGGGUUGAGGAAACUUGCGACCUAACUAUUAAACAGUUAAAAGCCAAGGUGUUAGCAGAGUUUGGAAAAUCAAUAUCGAGCACAACGAUAACAAACUAUUUGGAAGGAAGAAUAUUCACAUUAAAAAAGGUUCAUACAGCACCAGCUACUAUGAACACCGAAGAAAAUAAAUUGAAACGUGCCGAUUAUGUAAGGUCCCUUAACAAUUUCAUCCGUCAAGGAAAACAAAUCGUUUGGAUAGACGAGACAAAUUUCAAUUUAUUUUGCCGAAGAUCUCGAGGGCGUUCCAAAGCCGGUACUCGUGCAAUUCAACAGCUCCCGGCAGCAAGAGGUCCGAAUAUACAUGUGAUUGGUGCUAUUUCUGCCGCUGGUGUGAUUGCAAUGGAAAAUAGAAGAGGAUCUUACACGGCGCUUCUAGCUAACGAGUGGAUUCAAAGACUUAUGAAUACAUGGGAAGACUUGGGCAAUCGAUUGUCAGAUUUGGUUAUUGUGUGUGAUAACGCUCCCUGUCACUCUAGGCUAGAAGAAGUUGUCAAUGCAACGGAAGCUAAUUUGUUGAGAUUAGCUCCGUAUUCCCCGAUGCUAAACCCGAUCGAAUCAAUUUGGGCUAAAUUGAAAAUGGGGGUGAAAACAAGACUUAGAGUCCCUGAGGUGACGGCCCCAGGGGUUCAAGAGCAAAGGUUGCAAUAUUUGGAGCAAAUUAUAGAUAGAAGUAAAGACACAAUUAUGGGAGGCGACUGUGCUCGUGCCGCUCAGCACACAACAACAUUUCACGACGCAGUGCUAGAUUUAGAAGAUUUACCAGUUGGUUGUUAG